AGUUCUGCAUGGGACCAAAGUGCUUGAGCACGUGAAUGCAUGCGGAUAGUGUGUGCUAUGAGAGGCUGAAGCGACGCACUUGAUGCUUUGACACUGGAACACAAUGACUCUACUGGGAUCUGAACAUUCCAUUCUGAUUCGCAGCAAGUUUAAAUCAGUCCUGCAGCUGAGACUCCAGCAGAGGAGGACGCGAGAGCAGCUCGCUGACCAGGGCAUCAUGCCUCCCUUGAAGAGUCCGGCUGCGUUCCACGAACAGAGGAAAAGUCUUGAGCGAUCCAAGACUGGAGAUUAUUUAAAACACAAAAUCAGAAGUCGACCAGAGAAAUCAGAGCUUGUCAACAUGCGUAUUCUACAAGAACCCGCCGCCGAAGGUCCCGCACACGACUCACAGACCAAACUAAAGCGAGCCAGACUGGCCGACAACCUGAAUGAGAGAAUCGCUCUCAGACCUGGCCCGCUGGAGCUGGUGGAGAAGAACAUCAUUCCUGUCCAUUCCACUGUUAAAGAAGCAGCUAUGAAAGUGAACCAUGUCAAGUUCCCGCGGCAGGAGGACUCGUACGCGUUUGAGGAGGACAGCAGCAGUGAGAGUCUGUCUCCAGAUCAGCCACACAGUGAAGAGUCGCAGUGUUCGGCUGAAGAGGACUCGUACGCGUUUGAGGAGGACAGCAGCAGUGAGAGUCUGUCUCCAGAUCAGCCACACAGUGAAGAGUCGCAGUGUUCGGCUGAAGCACUUACAGAGAACAAGAGCAGCGGCUCGAGCUCACCGACACUCACCAACACCGAGCAUGGGUCUCAGAGCAAAGACGGCAGCACUCAAAACCAGGAGGAGAACAUGACAAACAGCCAGGAAACUCCACCCAUUCCCGUUCCUGCAAUAGUCAAGUCCAAAAUGUCUGAGAAGAACCGCCACAAGAAACCCAAAGACAUCAAGCCUAAAGUAAAGAAGCUGAAGUACCACCAGUACAUCCCGCCGGACCAGAAGGCAGAGAAAUCUCCUCCGCCGCAGAUGGACUCGGCCUAUGCGCGUCUCCUGCAGCAGCAGCAGCUCUUCCUGCAGCUGCAGAUCCUCAGCCAGCAGAAACACCAGCAGAACUCCCAUCCACAUCAGCAGCAGAGCUUCAGCUACCAGACCCUCAACCAGAGCACGCUCAACAAGGCGUCCGGUGAACAGCAGUCAUCAUGUGCGUCCAGCAUCCAGACCAGCAGCAGCUCCUCGUCUCCAGUGAAGAGCAGCUACUGCAACCCGUCCAUCAGCCCCGUCAGACCCGGACCGCUGCCCGCCAACCUGGACGACCUGAAGGUGUCUGAACUCAGGCAGCAGCUGCGGAUCCGCGGUCUGCCGGUGUCUGGCACUAAGACGGCGCUCAUAGAGCGUCUGCGGCCCUUCAAAGACUCUUCUCCGGCCACUUCUGCAGACGUCAGCACAGCCGCAUUCCCCGUGACGCCCACUGGAUCGCUCUCGUCCUACCAGUCGCACGGCGCCGGCUUCUACCCGUUCUGCAGCAGCGGCUCCACACCACCCAUCUCUCCGGCCUCGUCCGAUCUCUCCGUCAGCGGCUCGCUGCCCGACAGCUUCAGCGACGUCACCAUGUCCUCGCCGCAGUUCGGCCUGCAGCCGUCGCCGGCCCAGCUGAGCGCAGACGAGGGCCAGAGCGCACUGGGACCGGACGCCGAGAAGGACAAGAUGCUGGUGGAGAAGCAGAAGGUGAUCGAGGAGCUGACGUGGAAGCUGCACCAGGAGCAGAGGCAGGUGGAGGAGCUGCGCAUGCAGCUGCACAAGAGGAAGCGCAUGCAGGACUGUCCCGCUCCGCCGCAGCACAUGAUGCAUCUGCAGCCUCCUGCGCAGAUGCAGCAGUUCUACGGCGUGUCCGUCAAGCAGGAGCAGGUGGCGUCCAGCUGUCCUCUGGCUGCCAAGCAGAUGAAAGGCGGCUGCAUGGCUCACUGCGAUCUGCACGCUGCGCCGCACUGCAGGGGGCCGCCAUCAUCUGCAAGCCCCGCCGGCCUGUCUGCAUUCCUGAGCCCUCAGUGUUCUCCUGAAGAGUCACCCCUCACCAAACCCUCCAGCAGCCCCUCGUCCCCCGGCCAGCCGUACCUGCUGAGAGACUCGCACACGCUGCCUCAGAGCGCAAGCAGAGCCGCACGCAACAUACAGGUGAUCCACGGCACAUGCACACGUCUGUCAAGUCAAAUUGAUUUCUAUAGCAGUUUAUACAAUACAGCUUUAGUUAUAGACAAGAAAACAGUGAUUCAAUCUCUGUUACAGCAGAAGAGCACGGGACAGACGGGGAGCUGCUCGUAUCCGUCAGAUCAGAGAAACCUGCAGCCGCUUUACCAUCAGAAUCCAUCAGACAACAACCUCAGCGCCAGAGGAUCCACCAAAGCCAAGAGCAGCGGCAUGCAGCAGAAAGAGGCUCUGUCUCUCUCUCCGCGGCACGUUGAGCCCAAGUCUCCCACAUCCAGCACUGCCUUCUGUAGCUCAGAUCCCCCUGCCUCCGGCAGUAAAGGGCCGCCGUGUUAUGAGGAUGCAGUGAAACAGCAGAUGUCGCGCAGCCAGCAGAUGGAUGAGCUUCUAGACGUCCUCAUCGAGAGCGGAGAAAUGCCUGCUAACGCCAAAGAAGAGAGGUUUCCUGUAACCAAAGUUGUGCCUCACCUUACAGUUUCGCCCAAGUUCCACCGACACUACAGUCACAUGUCGCCCUCCAUGCUCGCUUACGAUCACGCGGCGGCUCACGGAGAUGCUCAUCUGGAGGUGCUGCUGAGUCCCAUGAGCCGGACGCAAGGAGACGCAGCGCUCCUGAAGAUGCCCGCCGAGGACGGACGCUUGGAGGCAGGCGAUGGAUUCAACAGCCGCGACAUGAUGGACACGCCCGUAUCGCCCACGGCCGGAAAGAUCUCCGCGGUUGCUGCCGAGGGUCACGGCCUCGGAAUGACCUUCGCGGAGUCGCCGUGGGAGACAAUGGAAUGGCUGGAUCUGACUCCGCCCAGCUCCGCCACCGCCUUCCACAACGGCCUGCCUCCGUCCGGGCCGAGCAUCUUCAACACAGAGUUCCUGGAUGUGACCGACAUCAGCCUGAACUCGGCCAUGGACCUGCACCUGGAGCACUGGUGAGGAGAAACAUCACGUCCACACCCAGAUCUCCAGAUCCAAUGUUUGAUACUGUUUUAUCACGUUCCAUCAAAACUUGAAUUGUUUUGUCUGUGGAUUCUGGCAAAGAGUGUUUUGAUUACUGGAAACAGAAAGAUGCUCCAAAUGGAAUUGGAUUCAAACCGAGACGUCCGUACCAUCCACUUAACACUUCUUUAUUUUGUCUGCACAUUUGUGGUGUGGGAAAAACACAUAUUAAUGCAUCACACUAGUAUAUCACGUGUACUCUCUUGUGCUGUUGUAAAUAUUAAUUCACACUUGCACCUUGAGCUUACAGUAGGAUGUCACACUUUUUAUGAGCAUUUCAUUCUUUCCUGUCAUCUUCAUGCUAUUAAUUUAUUUUGAGAGCACAAACAUUUGGUUUUUACACGUGAUACGGAAGACUGUUUCCGUCAUGGGAUAAAAAAUAACGGUAAUUGCGUCUUUUUAUCUCACAAUGCUGACUUCUUCCUCACAAUUUUCAGAAAAAAAGUCUGUAUUGCAAGAUAUAAUCUCAGAAUUGUAACUUUUUCUUCUCCGAAUUGUGAAUUUACAUCUCGCAAUUUUGUUU